UCAUCGCUUUGGGGUCUUCUUUCCGUAUUCCUUCUCGCUCUUCUGUCUUUCCUCAAACCCCCCAAACCCCUGCGUCUCAAUCAAAGCUCUUUAUUCUCAGCCUUUUUUUUCUUGUGGGCAUAGGUAUUAGAAGAAAAAGAAUCUCGUGAGGUUAGCAGAUUCAUGGGUUCUUCAGCUACAGAGGUUUUUCCUCACCUCCAGGAUGUUCUGUUGCAAUUUCGAGCUGGCAAAAUGCGUAUGGAGGGAACACAGGUUGUUCCGGAUUCACGUAAAGGUCUUGUUUGCAUAGGAAGGCGUGACGAGGGACUUAUUCACUUUCAAUGGGUUGAUCGAUCAAGCAAUGUUGUUGAAGAUGAUCAGAUUGUCUUUCCGGAUGAAGCUGUUUUUGAAAAGGUCAGUCAAUCAUCAGGAAGGGUCUAUAUUUUGAAAUUUCAGACAGAUGAUAGGAAGUUAUUCUUCUGGAUGCAGGAGCCAAAAGCUGACAAUGAUGCACAACUAUGUAGCCAAGUGAAUCUGUACCUCAAUCAACCAUUAGAUUUUCCUGGUGAGGAGGAACCUGAUGCUUCAGUUCCCCAACCGUCUGAAGACAUGGCUGAAGAGGAAGAUAUUUCAUCUAGGGCUGGAAAUUUGGUUGGGCCAAGCAUGGGCGCAGAAGCAAGUGGUGAUGUAACCUCAUCGGGACCAGUAAAGUUGGCUGAUUUACAGAGAAUAUUGAGUAACAUAGGGUCUGCAGGUGAAGCUGGAGAUCCAGAUGCAGGCUUGGGAUUGGGAGAUAUUUUGAAGCCUGAAUUCAUUUUCCCGCUGAUAAAUGACCUACCACUUGAACAACAACUAGCAUCUUAUUUACCUGAGGGCACCUGGACAGCAGAGGAUUUAAUGGAGUUGCUUCAGAGCGCUCCUUUCCGCCAGCAAGUAGAUUCGUUUACUUAUGUUCUUCGAACUGGCCAGGUAGACCUUUCUCAAUUUGGCAUUGAUGCAACUAAAUACAACUUCACUGUUCCAUCUUUCCUAGAGGCACUUGAAGAUUCUGUUACUAGAGUAGCAGAAGGCGAGGAGUCAAGGCGAGAUGGCAGUGAACUGAGAUCUCAAAUGCAUAAUCAAAGUGAGCCAAUGGACGAAGGUCAAUAAUGUUCAGAACACAUCCAUUAUUGGUACAUUCAUUCAAGCCUCUAGAAUUUUUGUGAUUCUUGGCCGAUAAUGCCUACCCUUUAGAAUAUGUUAGUACUGUUAAGAAGGUGGAGAGCUUGGAAAUUGCAACACAUUUAGAUGAAAGCUUGUGUGUAAAAUUUGAUCUGUCGAAUCUGGCUUUUGUACUUCAAAAUUCUCUGACGUACUGUGAAGGGCAAUUCACAAUGGGUAUGGAUUUACUAUUGCAUACAAGACUACUUUCCGUUUCCUCAAAA